UUCCACAAUGGAACACCAUCCAAUCGCUGCCAAGGUUGCCAUUCCUAGGAAUCCCAAAGCCGACCCACCACAACCUGUGCCAAAGAAAGCUCGCACACAGCGAGCAUGCGAAAAUUGUCGCAAGCGCAAAGUGCGCUGUACAGGAGAAUCCCAUUGCCGCAACUGCCUGGACCAAGGUCUGAGCUGCAGUUACUCUCUGGGCCGACGAGACCGUUUGAACGAAGCUACCGAGCAGAAUAGCCGGUUGAUUGGGCUUCUGAGAGAUCUGAACCUGCACGUAGACGACGAAGGCCGGAAACUCAUCCACCAGUAUCUUGAUACACCAGGAAAUGAUGAACAGACACUUGCUUCGCCCUCAAUAUCCUAUGCCUCACCGUAUUCAGCCAAACGCUCACGAGAGGGUUCGCCAGAACCUGAAGAGAACCGCCAUGACGGUCCUCAGCAAGUCCGCCCUUCUGAAAAAGACAAUGAAAAGCACUUCGAUGUUUUAGGCGAAAACGUCCUCCAGACAUUCAAGAGUCGCGCUACUGGUUAUGUCGGAGUCAACUCCUCCAUACAGUGGUUGCGAAGUCUGAGAGCACAAAUGAAAAAUCUUCAGAUUGCCUCAAACGACGAUGAAUCUUCCCGAAACCCCGACAUCAACACGCAAAAUGCUCGACAUCGAAAUUCACAACGACUGAACACUAUCCGAGUAUCGGACUCAACCUUCUACUUGGACUGUGACGAUCCGGAGCUCGAUGAUUUAUUUGCCGAUCCGCUCGACGUACCGCCACCCGACAUCCUAGACGGUCUAUUCGAUAGCUAUAUGCAAACGACUCACCCGUCUUUUCCUAUAUUACCUGAUGUUUUCCAAGAUCAGUUUCGGAGAUAUAGCACAUCUCUCAAGGAGAAACGUGCAGACCAAGUCUCCGAUGAAUGGCUCGCCAUGUUGAACCUCGUCCUUGCUAUUGGUAGGCAGUACUCGCAUCUUACAUCAUCUGAUAGCGAAUCGCCCGGCCAUCUCAUCUAUAUUGCAAGAGCGACAAGACUUCUUCGUUUAGACAAAAUCGCAACCUCUCUUCCCUCACCAACAUUGUUGUUCAUUCAGUCUAUCGGAUUGUUAUCACUUUCUUAUCUAGUCAUUGGUCAAUUGAGCAGAGCGUGGAUGAUGAUUGGAAUUGCGUUAAGGUUCGCCCUAGCGGCUGGCCUUCAUUUGCGCAACGACGACCCAUCAACUCCAUCGGCACAAAAUGAAACAAUGAUCAACACAUGGUGGAGCCUCCAGGUGAUCGAAAGCCUCCUGUGCUCCAUUAUCGGGCGACCAUGCGUCAUUCCCGAUCAGGAGUGCACGGUUCCUCUACCCAGAGCCCUGGGUGCAUCACCCCCUCGACCAAACAGUUCAACUGGAAGGAUGUCAAAGUCAUCAAGGGAUGGUUCGGAUACAGUUACUAGCGCCUCUUUCCUAGGAGCAUGGGUCACGAUUGCCUUGUUAACGCAGGAAGCCCUUUCGAAGCUAUACUCCCCACGCGCCACCACCGACUCCUGGCAUAUCAUACAGGGAGACAUAACAUCUUUGAUGAGAAGGUUGGACAGAUGGGCAGUGAAUUCACGUCUUGCGGGAACGAGUACGAUGACCACACCCACAGAAGAAACUCAUCGUAACAAGCAACUUCUUGCGUUUCAGUAUCAGAGUGCAAAGAUCUUGAUCACCCGUCCGUGCCUUUGUCGUCUGCAAGGAUACAAGGAGCUUAACGAAGAACUUUCCGAACUCAAGAAAGGAGCUGCUGCAUCUUGCGUGAGUGCCGCACUCGCAAUGGCUCAAUUGCUUCCCGAUGAUCCACACAAUCUACAAGCCGCCUACUUUCAAAUACCUUGGUGGUCAAUCAUCCACAAUAUCAUGCAAGCCGUCGCAGUGCUGCUGCUGAAAAUGUCCUUUGGGCCAUUGCAUACUGUGCACGAAGGCCAACAUAUAGUCACAAGCGUUCAAAAGCUAGUAAAGUGGCUCGAAAUUCUCAAAUCCACAAGUCAAGUCGCUGGACGCGCACUCAACAUCGUCGCGAAUAUCAUGCAUACCAGCGGCGCACGAAGUUACUUCAACUUCGCGUUCCCAUCAGAUGCAAGCAUACCCACUCCAGAUGUAACAGCGAGGUCAACCAGCCAGACACCCGCCAGUACACCAGAGCACAGUCAGGAGAACGCAUAUGCAUACCCUCCCCAGCAGAUGGAGCCGGUUUCCGUCUGUGGAGAGUAUACACCUAGUCAAGGCGAUUUUGCAGACUUCCGAUCGCCAACCAACCCUAAAGGGUCUCCGUAUCUCGGAACCAAUACGAUGCCACAAAGUCAUAUGCCGCAAAACAAUCUGCUGCCUUUGUAUUACGGGCACCCAUUCUAUACUUACUUCGACUACUCCAACGCGUUAAUUGAAGAUCCCUCUACAAAAGUUAAUGCGUUUACGAACAUAGGCUCGUUUAAUUAGUCAUACCCUAAUCCGACGCCCAAGGCAGAACGCACGACUUGCCUCUGGACAACUGAUAUGAUUAACCGCCUACGGGAUAGGAAGCUGGAAGAGAUACGAUUGAAGAAUCCAACGCAAAGGGAUAGCGCACGAUCCAAUCGUUUUCCCUCUCAUGUUCUAUGUACGCUAACUCAUAUCAAACCAUGGCGUAUCCUGAUUCUCCUCAAGUAUCCAGAGUCAUCGACACGAGGCGAAAUCGUUCCCCACCCCAAAUUACAGGGUGUCAGUCACAUGGACAAUGUUCAACAUGUGCCUUUCCCGUGUCAUAAAGCAACACAAGUUUUGGCCAUAUCAAUGUUUUUC